UUCAGCCGCACAUGAAUUCUCCACUUCACCCAAGUUUUGAGUUUUGAAAAUUGGAAAGGAAACCCACCCCUCCCACACGUCUGAUGUCCGCGGCGGUGCGGCCAGUCAUCUGCGGCUCACCACCAGUCACCAGCAACUCACUAGUCAUUGGAGCCUCUUCUUCCUCCAUCGAUUUCAACUUCUGCCAAGAGGAUUCUCCUCCGCCGACCGCCGACGAGCUCUUCUUCGACGGCAAGAUCCUCCCCAUCCAAAUCAGCAACCACCUCGCUCCACCCUCGCCGUCUUCUCCACCUCUACCGCCGUCUCAAACAUCCGCCGAAUCGAAAAAGAACUUGGCUCUCUGCCAGUCUACCCGCUGGCUCUCUUGUCCGGAGAUUUUGAUAAAAUAGGAGAAAGAAUGAUAUUUUGGAGAUUCUGUUCAGAAAGUGUGUACUUGGGCUCAAAGUGGUGCCAUACUCUGCUGCCUUGCCAGCGCUGACAAUACC